AUGACUGCGUGGAACGUGUUCCGAUACAUAGGAGAUAUCUCCCACCUCCUGUCAAAAUGCAUCCUGAUGUACGCGAUACACCGCAAUAGAAGUGCUGAGGGCGUCUCUCUCAUUACCCAGGGCCUGUACGCCAUUGUCUUCUGCACACGCUACCUCGAUAUAUUCACUGCCCAACCGCUAUGGAACUUCCUCUUCAAGCUCUUCUACAUAUCGUCAUCUUUCUACAUCAUCGCAGCGAUGCAGUGGAUCUUCCCUCGCACCAGAGAGCGUGAGAUUUCCUGGAAGGUCGGAGCCGGUGUCUUUGCCGGCUCGUUGCUCUUGUCUCCCUUCGUCAUGCUCAUCUUCGAGAACUGGUGGAGCUUCCAAGUCUGGCUUUGGGACUUCUCCCAGAUACUUGAGUCCGUCUGCGUCUUGCCCCAGCUCCUCCUGCUCCGGCAGACGACCGUCCCGACCGUCAUCGACUCCUUCUACCUCCUAACCCUUGGCUCCUACCGUGCCUUCUACCUCAUCGGCUGGAUCUCCCGCGAGCUCGACAUCAACGACAAGGCCCCGAACACCGUCUCCGUCAUCUUCGGUAUCAUCCAGACGGCCCUCUACGUCGACUUCGCCUGGGUAUACUACACCCGCCAGCGCGUCAAGCUCCGCAACGGCGGCGUCGUCGACGCCGAUGACAUGCGCCGCGGCUGGUUGCUCAACAGGAUCUUCGGCAAGCGCAUCGAUGUGCAGUCUGACGACGAGGAGAGUGCACCGGCGCUUGGCGACAACGAGGGCCAGGCUCGCCGGGGUGGCCGGCCCAAGUGGGGUGCCCGCGGCAUCUCCGUCAGUGCCGACGAUGGCGUCCUGGACACCGAAAGGGACAACCAGCGCCGGGCUGAGGAGCUCGACGGCGUUGUUGACCCCGACGCCAAGAUGCAGGACCCCGAUGAACUUGCCCGUGUACUGGACGAUGAGGACGACGAUGACCCACGCCACGCUGCCGGUAGCAGCGGCGCGCCCAACGGAAUCAAUAACGGUUCGGAGUGGCGCACCUAG